AUGGUACCCACCUCUGAAGGCCGCUCAAAGCUGUGCUUGAAACCACGCCUGGUGCCCAGUUACCUCGAAACCAACCUCAGCCUCCGGGAGCCCCGAGGAGGGCCAGGCCCAGUCUGGGGUGUGGACAGGGACUCGUCGCCGCAGCCCCUCGAGCCCGGCCGUCGCCGCUACGGGCGCCCGGGUGGGGCCCACAGUGAGCCCACCGGGAAGAGGCCGGGUGGGGACCUGGCCACGCGUGGCCGAUACAAACAAGCCUCUCCUCUCUCCCCAGGCUGCAGAGGUGCCGACAUGGGGCUGAAGCUGACCUGCCUGAAAGGCUUAAAAAUGUGUGUCAGCAGCAGUGGCAGCCACGAUGAGGCCCCCGUGCUGAGCAACAAGCACCUGGACGUCCCCAACAUCAUCAUCACACCGCCGACCCCCACGGGCGUGGCCCUGCCCAGGGACCCCCGGAGGGCAGUCUGGCUGGACGAGUCAGGGUCGUGCCUGGAGGAUGGAGAAAUUGACCCUGAGGCCUGA